AUGGCCUUUUCCUCUUCUUCUUCCAUUCCCCUUUCUCCUUCUCCCCCUCAACAACAACACCCUAAUUCCCCCUUUCAUUCACACACCACCACUACUACCCCACCGCCACCACUUUCUCUUUCUUCUUCCUCCACCAUCGGAGGAGGAGGAGAAGGAACAUCAGGAGUAUUAGGUCAAAAAAAGUUCAAAGGAAAAGGAGGACCAGAAAACAGCAAAUUUAGAUAUAGAGGAGUUAGACAAAGAAGUUGGGGCAAAUGGGUAGCCGAGAUCCGCGAGCCACGCAAACGCACGCGCCGAUGGUUAGGAACUUUUGCAACUGCCGAGGAAGCAGCUCGAGCCUACGACCGCUCCGCUAUUCUCCUCUACGGUUCCCGAGCCCAGCUCAAUCUCGAACCUAAUCCCGGCUCACCCCCGCCUCCUCAAACCACAUCAACGUCACCAACCAAGGUUAAUAGUAAUAAUAACAAUAACUCUUCAUCUUAUUCCAGCACUUCCUCCUCCGGCGGCCCCACUCAGUCUCUCCGGCCAAUACUUCCCCGUUUCACGCUUUCCGACCUCCCUUUCCCCUCCCUUUCCGUUCCCAUUAUUCCUUCAGUUCCCAUUAUUCCUUCUCCAUACGGACUUUACUAUACCCCUAAUUCCAUCCUACAAAGUUAUCCAACCAUUGUACAUCCCUUACAUCAUCAUUAUCAUCAUCAGCAAGUACAGAUUAACAACAUGUAUGGAUCAUCGGCAUCCGAGGAUGUGACAGUAGCAACUCACCAUGCGAAUAAUAAUAGUGGUAAUGAUGACGAAUCUGGCCGACAGAGUAAUUGUGUGUACGAGGAUAUUACUUCGUUGGUCGGAUCUAGCUUGUCUCUGUGUCCUCAAGACAAUAACAUCAACACUAGUCAUAAUAAUACUACUAAUCCAUCUUUAGUCGUUUCUUCAACGGAAUCGGCGACUGAAUCGGCGACGGAGAUGGUGGGAUCUCCGAUUCCAAUUUGGCCGCCGUUAAGCACAAGCUUUGACGAGUAUCCACCUUCUAGUAUGUGGGAUUACAGCAACCCUUUCUUGGAUUUUUGA